AUUCCCUCCUUGACAAGUCAGCAGUGCCAUCUCGGCAGAUAUUGAAUACAAAACUGUUUUGAAAUAGGAGAGCACAGAAAACACUGGAAUUAUGACACAUCAGGGUGAUUCCUUAUCCCGGUUGUUUUCAGUAUAUUGUAUAUUGCAACAGCCAAUCCAGUCAUAACAAAGCUAAUUUUGGAAGCAUGAGCCCCGACUCAUGGUUUCUGUAGGUAAGGCAUAAACUUUAUUUCCAAUCUGUCAUUGUGAAUCACUGAGCAGUGAUAGUGCUACCAUCACUGUCUACUGAGCGCCACAAUGAGCGCUAAGGGGUCGCUGGUUUCCUCACGUCUUUGCUGCCAUUAGACGGUAGUGAUCUCUGAGGCAGUGAUGGCAUUGCGGACCAAGUCUUUUCGGUGAGCUGCAUCCUUUGGCUCCCAAACAGCUCUUCGAUUAAAUGCUUGAAAAUAGCCCAAGAACCAGGGGAAACCGUGCACACAAAACCAAAAAAGGCGUCUACCAUUGUCAGGUCGUGAUGCACGUUGAAAUAAAAUUUUACCUAGACAAAUUUCGAUCGCCUGCAUUUGUUUGCCAAAUGGACUAGAUUGACGUGCUCACUUUGUUUCUGCAGUGAAUCCUCUUAAGAAAAUGAUUUUGUAAUGUAUUUGCAGAUUAUCGUUUUGAAGCUUAAAAAAGCAGUAGCAGUACGCAAAUCGGGGAGCCAAAUAAAAGGCCCUUUAGCCGAUGCGAUUCGGUUCCUAACGUUCACUAAAAAGAGCCAUUCGUUCGCGAACGACCCAUCACUAUCAGACAGGAUUUGGGCCGAUCCAACAGAGCCCGUGAGUGGUAGCCAUUUUGCUCCCACCUAAAACACUAGUUUCAUUCGGAAUCGAAGAUGGAGAAGAUGGAAGAAAUAGAACCGACAGCAAGUCCAAAAGCUCAACAAUUUUGAAACCCAGGAAUACAGACGGAUAUCAAGGCACACACGGACAACAUCGCAACAAAAUUGCGAUUUUGGGAGCGGUGACAUCUGAACCUUCCGCCGUCCACUAUGAGUAGCCUAGAUUGGAGUCGAUCAACCUCUGCUUAGUUCAAUUUAACAGCCAAUGUAUUGUCUUUUUUGCAAUGAAAAAUAGUUAACAUACUUAAUUCUGAACAUAAAGGACGAUAGGGCGAAUGCCCUGCUGCCGAGGAGCGUUAUAGGGAAAUACAUGUCAUUCAAUUCUGUCUGCGUCUUCGUGACAUCUUGAGACAAAUUUGGAUUGGAUGGACCGAUGUUGAGACAGUUGCCGAAUUCAUGGUUUGUGUCCAAAGGCAAGAAUACAAUCGCCUCCCCUCGUAUUGCCAAAGGAGGUGCAGAAUAUACGGAAAUAGACAACAUUUAAUCGAGAAAAUGUCAACAAAAACUCCUCUACCUACAGUCAAUGAGAAAGAGACAGAGAGCCAUACGUCUCACAGCAAUGGGCGCCAGGAGGUCACCGCUCGCUCCGUCCGCACCCGGAACUCUGGUGCCGACGAGCAGCCUCAUGUGGGGAACUACCGACUCCUGAAGACCAUUGGGAAGGGCAACUUCGCCAAGGUCAAGCUGGCCCGUCACAUCCUCACUGGCAGAGAGGUGGCGAUAAAGAUUAUCGAUAAGACACAACUGAACCCAAACAGCCUUCAAAAGUCAAGCUGUUUGAGGUGAUCGAGACAGAGAGGACGCUGUACCUGGUGAUGGAGUAUGCCAGUGGAGGAGAGGUCUUCGACUACCUUGUUGCACACGGAAGGAUGAAGGAAAAAGAGGCCAGGGCUAAAUUUAGACAGAUCGUUUCUGCUGUGCAGUACUGCCACCAGAAGCACAUUGUUCAUAGAGACCUGAAGGCAGAGAACCUGCUGCUGGAUGCAGACAUGAACAUUAAGAUAGCGGACUUUGGCUUCAGUAAUGAGUUCACCAUGGGGAACAAGCUGGACACGUUCUGUGGCUCCCCACCCUACGCCGCCCCGGAGCUGUUUCAGGGGAAGAAGUACGAUGGGCCCGAGGUGGACGUCUGGAGCCUGGGGGUCAUCCUCUACACACUGGUCAGCGGCUCUCUGCCCUUCGACGGGCAGAACCUCAAGGAGCUUAGGGAGAGGGUUCUGAGGGGGAAAUAUCGUAUCCCCUUCUACAUGUCCACAGACUGCGAGAACCUCCUCAAGCGCUUCCUGGUGCUCAACCCGGCCAAGCGGGGGACUCUCGAGCAAAUCAUGAAAGACCGCUGGAUCAAUGCGGGAUCGGAGGAGGACGAGCUCAAGCCUUUCGUAGAACCAGAACAGGACAUCGCAGAUCAGAAGAGAAUAGAUGUAAUGGUGGGGAUGGGCUUCUCUCCAGAGGACAUCCAGGAGUCUCUGGCCAAGAUGAAGUAUGAUGAGAUCACUGCCACCUACCUGCUGCUGGGGAGGAAGUCUUCUGAGCUGGAGCCAAGUGUUUCAACCUCCAGCAGCAACCUGUCCCUGGCUAAGCCCCGGCCCACCAGCGAGCUCAAUGGCCAGUCCCCCUCACACCUCAAAGUCCAGCGGAGCGUCUCCUCCAACCAGAAACAGAGACGCUACAGUGAUCAGGUGGGUCAGAAUGUUGCCCCAGGUUCAGGACACCCUAAGAGGAGCCAGACCAGCACGGCCGAAUACAACAUCAAAGAGGAGGGAGGGAGCAGUGUCCCCGGGGGGCGCUGUGUCCCCCCACCCAGCCCCUUGCUGGGGAACGCCAACAACCCCAACAAGGCUGAUAUUCCCAAUGGCAGGAAGGGGGUUACCACUGUUCCCAGCAAUAACACUGGCUCUGACGGGAUGACGAGGAGAAACACGUACGUGUGCAGCGACAGGAACGCUAUGGACUGUCUCUCUGUCAUUCCCAAUGGGAAGGAGAACAGUGUGGCCGUGUCUCCUGGCCAGCGGAACCCUGUGGCAUCCACCCACAGCAUCACCAGCGCCACCACGCCAGACAGACUACGUUUCCCACGAGGCACGGCGAGCCGCAGCACCUUCCACAGUGGUCAGCUGAAGGAGCGCCGCACGGCCACCUACAACGGGCCCCCAGCCUCACCCACCCUGUCCCAAGACGCAGCGCCCCUUUCCCAGACCCGCAGCCGCGGCUCCAGCAACCUCUUCUCCAAACUCACCUCCAAACUCACACGCAGAGUCUCAACCGAGUUUGAAAGAAACGGGAGAUUUGAGAGCUCAAGUCGCCAUGUACCUGGGGAUCAGAAAGGGGAAAGUAAAGACGGUAAACCCCGCUCCCUCAGAUUCACUUGGAGUAUGAGGAACACCAGUUCCAUGGAGCCUUGUGACAUCAUGCGGGAGAUACGCAAGGUGCUCGAGGCCAACAAUUGUGACUACGAACAGCAAGAGUGUUUCCUGCUGCUCUGUGUCCAUGGCGAUGCUGAGAACCUUGUCCAAUGGGUGAUGGAGGUGUGCAAGCUGCCCCGCCUCUCCCUCAAUGGCGUGAGAUUCAAGAGGAUAUCAGGCUCAUCCAUCGCUUUUAAAAACAUUGCUUCCAAAGUCACCAAUGAGUUAGAGCUAUGAACAAAAAGGGUGAAAGUAUAAGCUGUACAAUCUUUUUUUUACAAAAUACUGAGUAUGUAUUGAAUGAGUUUGGCAAUAAUCACUGAAUUACUAAUAACUACAGUAUAUAAUCUGGUUGUAUAUGGUUUGUCAUACUGAGAAAAUUGACCAAUAGCAUUUGUCAUCUCAUGAAAGUUAACCCUUUGAGUAAAUAAUGAAUCUGACUUUCAAGACAGCCACACAUUGUUAUACACCAUUUCUUUAAUUUCAAAGAAUGUAUAAGAGAUGGAGUUCAUGUAAAUGCUCACAUGGUAAGAUCACCAAUGUCUCAAUAAAAUUCUGUAAACUUGG